AUGAGCCCAUCUUAUCUUAAGAUUCAUUCUGUUACCGGUGAGAAGAUAGAGGUAGACAUAAGUUAUAAAAACUUGUAUCUUGGAACUUGUAUAUCUAUUUGUGAUUUUGAAAAACUUAAUAGAAUUGGUGAAGGAACAUAUGGGGUUGUAUAUCGUGCAAAAGAUAAAAGAAAUAAUACUAUUGUUGCACUUAAAGCAGUGCGUAUAUUUGAUAAUGAUAGGUAUUCUGGGAUUCCUAUUACAGCAUUAAGAGAAAUAUCUCUUUUAAGAUCUUUAAAACAUAAGAAUAUUAUAAGUGUUUUAGAAGUGGCUGUAGGAGAAGCACUUGAUGAUAUUUAUAUGGUAGAUGAAUAUCGCGAACAAGAUAUGGCAAGUAUGAUGGAUACUAUUGUGUAUAAUUUGUUUAAUAUAUUUAUUUAUUUAUUUAUUUAUUAUUUAGUAAAAUGUCUAAUGAAACAGCUUCUGGAAGGUGUAGAAUAUUUGCAUAGACAAAAUAUUAUUCAUAGAGAUUUAAAAAUGUCUAAUCUACUUUUAAAUGCAAAGGGUAUUUUAAAAAUAGCUGAUUUUGGAAUGGCUCGAGAAUAUAGAGAUAAUGGGAUGACUCCUCGUGUUGUAACUAUUUGGUAUAGAUCUCCGGAAUUGCUUUUUGGAAAAAAGAAUUAUACUAGUAGUGUUGAUCUUUGGUCUGUUGGAUGUAUUUUAGGGGAAUUAAUGACAUCAGCUCCUCUUUUCCCUGGGAAAGAUGAAGCAGAGCAAAAAUUUUCCAAUCAAACAACAACAACAAAGGAUUUAAUAAAUUGUCUUCUUACUUAUAAUCCUGAAAAACGGAUUUUGGCAAAAGCUGCUUUAAAUCAUGAAUAUUUUCAGGAAUCUCCACAAGCUCAAGAUCCUUCUCUUUUGCCUACAUUUCCUGAAAUAAGAAACAAACAAAAAAAUGAUUACAAGAGUUAA